AUGAAGGCGGUGGCAUUUAUAGACAAUGGAUCCGAUACCAUUCUAAUCACAAAGCGUUUCGCCGUCAAGAACGGUAUCGCAACCCGACCGUCUUCCACGACGAUUAGAACCGUGAACGGUACCAAGGCUAUUUCCGCCGAUCAAACGAGCGUGAAGCUGGUGUCGCUAGAUAGUGGGGAACGCGUAGAGGUCACGGAGGCUUCCACUAUAGCCGACUUGCUGAAGCUGGCAACCGAAUCGAUUGGGGAACCAGGAACACACUGGCCGCAACCGCGAGACUUGUGUUUCGAAGAAGCCAACUCUCACAAAGUCGAUUUGCUGAUAGGAUGUGACGUGCCAGAAGCACAGUGA